AUAAUUGUUUGUGCAGCCAUUCGAUCAUGACGAAGCUACUCUUCUUAACCAUUUGCCUAUUGGCUGUAAAGGCCAUUACUUCAAUGCCCGUAUCCGAUGUCGAGAGAAAAGAUGCGGUUCCGGCACUUAGUGUCGUGCCUUUGGAAAAGAGCAUCGAGAAAGCUUUAGAAAAGCCGGCCGAGGUAAUUCAGGCCGAGCCCGUUGUAUCAAACGAGCCUGUGCUCGUCUCUGAAGAUAAUCAAAAGACCAGGGAUGAAAAUUUUUUGAAAAAUAGCGAAGCAAAGAAGGCCGAAAGCUUGGAGAAGACCGAGGAGAACAAGCCCGAACUUCAGGCCCAAAAAGCCAAGGAAGAGAAGAAGGUUGAGGAGCCAAAGACAGCCGAGCCCAAAGCAGCAGCUGAGAGGAAGGCCGAAGAGGAACUAAAGGUCGCACCUUCGGAGAAAUAUGAGCAGGCUGCUUCUUCAGCUGCCACUGAAGUCAUAUCCGACAAGAAGAUUGAUGAAAUCCAACAGCCAGCAGAAUCCACGAUCGCUGUGGCUAAGGAGGCAGUCGUCCCUAUAGUUGAUGUACAAUCGAUUCCGGCGGUAGCUGUCGCUGAAAUUUCCAUCGAGCCGGCACAAGCGAAAAAGAUCGACGAGCCCAUCGCAAUCGAGAAAAAGAUCGAGGAGCCCGUGAAAGAAACCGCGAAGGCCGAGGAGAAGCCAGACCGCGUGACGCGCGAGGCCGAAGAGGCCGCCAAGCAGAAGGUCGGCGAGAAGAAGGCAGCAGGAGAGCAAAAGUCUUUCGAAAAAGCUUCCGAAAAAGUUGAAUCUGCAGUAGCUUCGGCAAGUGCGAUCGCUGCUGAGGAGAAACCGAUUGAGAGUCCGGUCCAAGUAAUUGCGGAGAGCAGUCAACCUAAGAUCGAAGCGGCUGUGGCAACAGCCGCCGCUGAAUUACCUCAGGAACCAAAGAGCGAAGCCGAGAGCAAGCCAGCAGCUGAGCUCGCCGCCGUUGAACCAAUUGCUCGAAAAGCUGCCGAAUCGGAUGUCGAGGCCCAGGUCCAGGCCCAGCCCAACGAAGCCAAAGCCGAAGCUCAGAGUCCCGCCCAGCAAAAUCAGGAAGUCGCCAAGGAACAGCGGUCGGAGGACACAGUGGCGCCAGUCGAAGUUGCCAAAGUUGCCCAAGUCGUUCCUCAGAAGGAAAUCGCGGCUGUAGUAGCGGAAGAGCCUAAAAUCGUGCCCGCAGCCAUCGAGAAGGCGGCCAAGUCCGCGGACGAGCUCAAGGCCGAGGAGCUGCCCCAGCCGCAGGAGGUGAAGGACGCCAAAGCCGAUCUGUCUAAGGUCGCUGAGCCCAAGUUGGCAAAGGAGGAGUCGAAAGCCCAAGAGUCGAGUGAGGAGCUCUUGAAGAAGGAAGAAAAGAAGGAAAGCUCAGAGGAGGAUAGUAGCGAGGAGAAGAAGGAGAGAAAGGACGAUCAGAAGUUGAGCUUGGAGGAGAAGGAUAGCAGUGAAGAAAAGAAGGAGGAGCUGGAGGUAGCAAGUAACAAAGCCGUCGAGCCAGCAACGAACGCAGCUUCCUCUUAAGCAGUUAAUGACCUCCUCUACACAUGGGGGAGGCCUGCCAAAAGAAAAAUGCCGUAUUCCAUUUUCGAGAAAUGCAUUUGAGGAACUGAGAACGAGAGAGAAAAUUAUAAGAACGAAUGAGAGUAUGCCGCUUGAAUGGGAUAUCGAAUGAGCGAAUGUACGAAACGAGCAACUGAAUACGUUUAAAUUUAAAAAAGAAAAAAAAGUAAAAAAACUCGAGAAAUGUAAAACAAA